UAUCGAUGGGGAAAGCAGUUUCGCCAUCUGGUAACACCUAAGCAGCGACAGUUUUUUGCAUAUAAUACAAUUAAAUAAUAAAGGGCGACCGCCGAAGCUGCAAAACCUGGUUUUAUACUGCUGCAAUUGCUGAAGAUUCUAGUUUAGGUGCCACUAAGAAAAAGACAGAAAGUGCUUCGCGAAAACGAAAGAAAAGCCCAAAAAAAAGCAGCUACGGCCCAAAAGUGAAAGCCCAGAAAAAGUACAAAAGAGAGAAAAGAGAAGAGCAAAAGUGAGAGAGUGCCAGAGCGAGAGAACGGUGAAAAGAGUCUGGGCGAGAGAAAAACGAUUUUUUCAGAGAACACCGCGAUUUUUUUGGUCAUAUUAAGUGUAAGUGGGUAAAUAACCCAGAAUUCGGACACCAAAGGUUAUACUGGUAGCGGGAAAGAACCAGGACCGGGAUCAGAACGCCGUCAAGAUUCUCAGGCCCAUCUACAGCGGUAUCCAGAUCCAGAGCCAAAGCCACGGCCACCAGGACGCAGAAGCCACCGCUACCUACCGCUACAGCACUCCACUAGCCGUCACCACGCUCCACAAACAGCCACCAGCCAUCAUGUUCGUCAAUUCGAUGACGUUCCGCGGCAAUCCGGCGAACUACCAUCAGCAGCAGCCGGCCCUGAACCACCACACGCUGGCCGCGGCGCACCACCAGCAGCAGUUGCACCACCACGCCGCUGCCGCCGGUCACCUGAGCCACGUUGGCGGUGGCCACGCAGCCAGUAACCACCUGGCAGCUGCUGCCGUCUUGGGCCGGCAUGGCCAUAACUCCCUGGGCAGCGGACACACGUCCAGCUCGUCACACUCCGCCAAUGUCGGCGUGGGUGUUGGUGGAGGAGCCCUGGCCAGCGGCUCCACCGGCGGUAGUGGCGGCAAUAGCUCUCCAGACAGCGGCAAGAUAUAUAUCAAGAACCUAGAACGGUCCAUCGACAACAAGGCAGUGUACGACACGUUCUCGGUGUUUGGAAACAUUCUUAACUGCAACGUGGCCAAGGACGAGGAUGGAAAUUCGCGGGGCUAUGGGUUUGUGCAUUUUGACUCGGAGGACGCCGCUCGGGCGGCCAUCGAGAAAGUGAAUGGGAUGCUGUGCAAUAAUCAGAAGGUGCAUGUGGUUAAGUUCAUACCACGGCGGGACCGGGAGCAGGAGAAGGCCACGCACUUCAAGAAUCUGUACGUGAAGAACCUCAGCGAGGAGUUCACCGAGCAGCACUUGCGCGAGAUGUUCGAGCCCUACGGCCGCAUCACCAGUCACAAGCUCAUGUUGGACGAGGAGGGCCGCUCCCGGCGAUUCGGUUUCGUGGCUUUCGAGAACCCACAGUCGGCGCUGGCCGCCGUGAUUGGGCUGCAUGGCAAGCAGCUGGGGGACAACAAGUUCUUGUACGUGGCAAGAGCCCUAAGCAAGGCCGAGCGGCAGCAGGAGAUCAAUCGCAAGCUGGAGGAGCGCAAGCGCCAAAAGGCCGGUCAAAUAUUCUACUAUUAAGACGGCGACGGUGGCGGCUGAUCCGGGGACAUCGCUAGGAGUUUACUCAGAACCCACACACAUACAAUAUACACCCAUAUAUAAACCUAUAUAGAUAUUUACGAGAAAUUGUAUCAAGCAGCUAGGCGAACAUUCAGGCAGCAGACGUGCAGGAUGCAAGUCCUGCGCAUAUACAUUUAGAUGUAGGCAAAAGUGUUGCAACACAGUUGAAAUUUAUAGAAACACACACACAGGAACGGAAACGGAAACGGAAACAGAAACAUAAACAGAAUACGAACUCUCAAACGAAAGGAUUUUCUAGGCAUUAGGACAAAAGUUUCUUAGCACUCACUAGCGUUUUUUUGGAAUUAGAUGUUUGUCUUUACUGUUGAAUUUAGUGAGCAGAGGCUUCGCUGUCAGCUUUUCGCCUAAAGAACACAUUGCGUACACGUAUUUCGAAAUGUAUUUACCCACACCAGGCCAACCAAUUCACACUGGCCCCUUGGCAUUAAGUCUAGAUCGUGCGAUCGCAACUAGAGCUACGCCCAGCCGAGUCCUGGGCGACAUAUGAAUAUUUACAAAUACCUAUUAUUAUAUAUUACAAACCACAAAACAAAACUAGAAAAAAAAACUUAAAAAAAAAAAAUCAAAAAACAAAAACAAAAAUGGAAAAAAAUACUAUUGAUGUAACCCCCUAUUAACAAUUGAAGCACUCACUCUACGUAUAUACAUAAACAUAUAUAUUUAACGUAAAGCCACACGCUGUAGUUAAAAAGCGUUUAUAAUACUCACACACUCUAUGCUAAUACUAAUACUUUUGACGAGGAAAUCAAGUGCAACCAUUGCGAAAGCGAACCCUACACGUAAUUUAUAUAGUAGACGCAGAUGCGGAGGAAGGACUAGAUCGGAGCUGAACAGAAAAUGAAUUAGCAGGAGGAGGGCCUAGCGCCACUGCUGCAGACAGUACAUGAGUAUUAAAAUUUUAGCAAUUACAAGACAUUUUUGUAAUUAAUUGUACAUUGUUUCAAGUAGAAAAACGAAAAAGAAAAUCGAAAAUGAAAAUGAAAAUGAAACCACAAAAUAGGACAGGAAAGACAGCCGUAACGUACCCAAAAAACAAAGGAAAUUCUUAUUGAACAUAACCAAUCCGAGGAGUGUACACAAUGCAAUGUUUAAAAUCUUUUAGAAUAUUAUUAUGGAUACAAGGCACGAAAGAAAACCCAAAACACAAAAACGGAAACACAUGUUCGGCCCAUGGCAAAUUAAACCGAAACGAAAGCAAAUACAUACAUAAUUUAAGAUUAUUGAGCUUAAUUUUUAAAAUGUUUCCAAAAACAGAAAUCGAAAUCGAAAGUAAAGAGAAAAACAAAAACAAAAACAAAAACAAGAAAUAUUAAGAAAACAACAACAAUGCUAACUAAACUCACCCAAAAUUUGUAAGAUUCAAGUUUUGCGUCUAGACAUACACACAAUGUAUAGUUAAAACAGUACCACAAGAGAACAAAUAAUGAAAUUACAUAAAAAUAGUUAUAAACGAUGGCAAUAUUUAGGAUGGCAUAAUUAAUGUAACCCUCAUUUGACAAUAUUUAUUUUCCAUUACACUUCAUUUUGAGCUUAAGUUGCCCGCCCCCUGGGAUCCAGGGCUUUUGACCUGGGGGACGGGCGAUAUUACGAUUCUAGUUUUCAGGACAAAAGUAGGAUUAGGCCUCCACACUCUAACUCACACACACAGAACAUAUGCAAUAUGAAUUUACAAGACAAACAAAAGCAAACAAAAAUUAUGCAAUUGAAUAAUAUUUACACGAAUGUACAAAACAAAAAGAUGAUGAAAUUUAUUUUCCUUUGCCAAGCAAAUGCGACAUACUUCUUAUUAUUAUUAUUACAUAUUAUAAUUGUAAUUGAAACUUAAUUUUUUGGUAAUUGCUUUUGCAGAAUUUACCUAAAACAAAAUAAACGACAAACAAAAGAGAAACCCAAAGGAGGACCCUUUUAUAGUGCUAAAUUUUUAGAGAGUACAAGAAAUGUUAGUUCAGUCUUACAAAAUUAAUUGAUAAACAAUUGAUAACACACGAUUCCCAUUUCGAACACUCAAACUCAACCCUCACCACACAAAUUUACUCGAUUUUGCACAUUUGCUAAAGGCUAAUGCUAAAUGAGACAUUACGACACCUGCAUUUGAUUCUACUCACGAGAACCUAGUUUUAUUUAAAUUUUGCUUGGACUGGGGUGUGUGUGCCCCCUCGAAAGUCCCAUUUUAAUGACUAGCAACCCACACUGAAGCACAGAUAAUACUGAGACACAGAUGGCGUAUAAUAAUGCAUUAUAUAUGUAAUUCCAUUGAAACGAAAUCCUAAUUAUAACAUAUUACAAAUACCUACUUAUUAACAAACCUAAAACAAGCGAAAAUGAACAAGAAAAUGGAAAAACAUUUAAUGAUGAAAAUCAAGAUGCAGUGAGCAGAGACAUGUGAAACUUGAAUAAAAAUGCUUUUGCAAAAAGUGUUUGAAAUUGCGA